AUGUCGGGUUUGAGAACGGUGUCUGCUUCCUCCGGAACGGGCAAGAGUUAUGAUUCAAUCAUGAAAAUUCUGUUGAUUGGUGAUUCUGGUGUGGGUAAAUCAUGUCUAUUGGUGAGGUUUGUCGAUGAUAAGUUUAACCCAUCUUUCAUCACCACUAUUGGUAUUGAUUUCAAGAUUAAGACCGUGGAUAUUAAUGGUAAGAAGACAAAAUUACAACUUUGGGACACUGCGGGACAAGAAAGAUUCCGUACAAUCACUACAGCUUACUACCGUGGAGCUAUGGGGAUUAUUUUAGUGUAUGAUGUGACUGACGAAAGAACUUUCACUAAUAUCAGACAAUGGUUCAAGACAGUCAACGAACAUGCAAAUGACGACGCACAGUUGUUGCUAGUGGGCAAUAAGAGCGAUAUGGACACCCGUACGGUCACUUACGAACAAGGUGAAACACUUGCAAAGGAACUUGGGAUCCCAUUUGUCGAGUCUAGCGCCAAGAACGACGACAACGUGAAUGAGAUCUUCUUUACGCUAGCCCGUCUGAUCCAGGAGAAGAUCGAUAACGAUAAGCUAGCUGGCGGUGCCAACAGCGGCAGAGAGGGCAAUAUUAACAUCAACUCCGGCAGUGGCAGUACAAAGUCGGGCUGUUGCUGA